AUUUUUUAUUUUUGGGAAACGAAGCCGAUACCAAAAGUGUAGAUCCAUUCUCUCUUUUUUGCUCUGGUUCGCUCUCAAAGUCGGCGUUACGCUAACCAUAUGACAUAAAUUCGAUCUAAGCUGCUCAGGAAACUCAAAUCGCUGUCAGCUAUUGAUCGUCAAAUAUUGAAGGGCCUGUGUGAAAGAAUAGUCUUUUUUCUAGCUAGAAGAAAGAGAAUUUGCAAACUGGGUGAUUUUUUUUGGGGAUAACACCAAGGGAGUUCUUCUGUUGGCAACAAGAUGGCCUAUGAGAUAGAUGAGCAAAAGAAGGUUGGUUUAGGUCUCAUUGGUUUUGGCAUCUUUUUUUCAAUUCUUGGGAUAAUUCUUUUCUUCGAUAGGGGUUUGCUUGCUUUGGGAAAUAUAUUUUGGUUGGCAGGAGUGGCCCUUCUACUAGGUUGGCGUUCUACAUUACAGCUAUUCACUAGUAGAUCAAACUACAAGGGUUCUGUGUCAUUUCUUCUUGGGCUCUUCUUCAUAUUUGUUCGUUGGCCAAUAGUUGGUAUAAUCUUGGAGAUAUAUGGCUGUAUAGUUCUCUUUGGUGGUUUUUGGCCAUCUGUCAAGGCCUGUCUCUUUCAGAUUCCAGUUCUUGGAUGGAUUCUACAAUAUCCUGUUCUGCUUCUUGAUCGUAUGAGGAGCUAGCUUUGGUUGAUCGUAGUAAUAUUUUGGGCUGAAUCAAAUAUUGGGAUGGUAAUAUGCUGAUCAUCCCCUGCUUUUAUCCGGUUGCACAGUUUAUGAUGACGAAGAAUUAAAAUAGAAAGUAGUGAAAGCAUGCAUACUUGUUCUCAUGAUUUUAUACAUUGUUUGGGUUGACAGUGGAAGUAGUUGUUAAUACCCAGAAUUGGGAUCAUAUGAUGUUUUUGAUGUUCAACCUUCUUAUCAGAUUCAUGUUUGGGAACACUAACUAGUGUAAAUAGUAGUUUAGUUGAUCUGAUAACUCAUGCAAUGCCAUCUCUUUGUGUGCUACAUUUCAUUUUGCAUUUGACAAUCUCAUGUUUACUGAAUGAAUGUAAUAACAUCUAUUGUUGUUGUGCUA